UUAUUUUUUUCCUUUCCCAUUCAAUUCCUUCACCAAUUUCUUGAGUCUCUCUCUCUCUCUAAUUCUCUUUCUUGAAUUAUUACUACUGUCACGCAGCCCGUACAGAGAGAGAUCCAUGGCAAUGCCCCCAUUUCUUCAAUCUCUCCAAUUAUAACUUCUCUAAUUCCUCUUCAUUUCCUUCCCCCAAUCCUAUUCCUCAACCAACUCACCACUUUUUGAUCCAUCUUCAACCUUCAAUCGCCGGAAAUGGCAAUGCAAGCUUCUUAAUUGAUGGAACUGAAAGGAGUUCGUCGUUAUUGCAGUUCGAGGUGAGUGUCACAGAAUUAAGUGGUGGAUUUGUUGUUGAAGUAGUGGAAAUCGAAGUGGGUUCUUCUUUAUUUAGUGGUUCGAGGAAAUUUUUUUGACUCGGUUUGGUUUUGGAAGAUUUAAUAAUGCCUGCAGGUUUUUUUAAUAAAGAAAUUGGAAGUGAAUCAUGGGGAGGAGAGAAGAAUCGCUUAAUUUUUCGUCUGAGAGUUCACGUGAAGGUUUUGUCACGAUGUCCGUGAGUUUUUACAACUGAUUUUGGUGUUUUCCCGAGGGCGUCGCCAUUGGAGAGCAUCUUGUUCUUAACUUCAUGUUUACAGAAGAUGAGACUGAGCUCCCUCCAAGAGGCACAGUGUUGAAAAACAAGGAUUCAACAGUGAGGAGUAGAUGAAUGAAAGGGGAAUAUUGAUUGCUUUUGAACAGUUCUAGAUCGUGAUUUCAAGGUGUUUCUGCGAUGAAACUUGUGGUUUUGAGGUAUUCUCCAUUUUUAUUCGUUUUGUUGGUUUGUGUACUGCCUUUGGUUCGAGCUGGGGAUGCCGAAGCUCUGUUAGCAUUGAAAGAAUCUCUUGACCCUGGGAACUCGCUCCCAUGGCCGGGAAGAUCUGUCUGCCAUUGGCAAGGGGUUAAAGAAUGCGCGAAUGGGCGGGUAACUAAGCUUGUUUUGGAGCAUCUAAAUCUCUCUGGUGUUCUUAACCACAAGAUUUUGAAUCGUUUAGAUCAGCUUCGUGUUCUCAGUUUCAAAGGAAAUUCACUUUCCGGUCAAAUCCCUGACCUCUCGGGUCUCGUUAAUCUCAAAUCCCUCUAUCUAAGUGACAACAACUUCUCCGGUGAGUUUCCAAACUCCAUCUCCGAUCUCCACCGCUUAAAGGUCGUCGUUCUUUCCGGUAACCAAAUAUCUGGCCCCAUUCCAGAGUCAUUGCUCAAACUCCGGCGUCUCUAUGUUCUACACUUGCAAGACAACCAACUCACCGGCUCCAUUCCUCCUUUCAAUCAAACCAGUCUCCGAUUCUUCAAUGUGUCUAACAACCACCUCUCCGGCGACAUUCCAGUAACCCCCACCUUAGCCCGAUUCAAUGUCUCGUCAUUUUCCGGCAACCUGGAACUUUGUGGAGAACAAGUUCAAAACCCUUGUGGGAAUAUUUCCAUUGCGCCAUCAUUAAGUCCCUCUUAUCCACAAAUCCCAAACUCAAGCUCGUCUUCAAGACGCAAGAAAUUGGUUAAGAUAAUAGCAGGAAGCGUUGGUGGGUUUGUUGGGCUGCUAUUUAUAAUUCUUUUACUGUGUAUGAUUUGCAAAUGUAGGGAAAGAAAAAGCCUAGCAGAGGUUAGAAACAAAGGAAUUGGGGACGAGGGGACGGCAAUGGAGGAAACAUCUGGAACUCCUAACGGUGGUAGAGGAGGUAAUAAUGGUGGAAAACAAGGGGGGUUUUCAUGGGAAAGUGAAGGACUAGGGAGUCUAGUGUUCUGUGGAGCAGGGGAUCAGAAAAUGACUUAUAGCUUGGAAGAUUUGUUGAAAGCUUCAGCUGAGACUUUGGGCAGAGGGACUAUUGGAAGCACAUACAAGGCAGUGAUGGAAUCUGGGUAUAUUGUGACAGUGAAGCGGCUGAAGGAUUCAAGGUACCCACGAGCUGAAGAAUUCGGACGGCAGAUGGAGGUUCUUGGGCGGCUCAGACACCCUAAUUUGGUCCCUCUAAGGGCAUAUUUCCAGGCUAAGGAGGAACGCUUGCUGGUAUACGAUUAUUUCCCUAAUGGCAGUCUCUUCUCUCUCAUCCAUGGAUCAAGAACAUCAGGCGGAGGAAAGCCUCUUCAUUGGACAUCUUGCCUAAAAAUAGCUGAAGACUUGGCCAAUGGUCUGCUCUACAUCCACCAAAACCCAGGCUCAACACAUGGAAACCUCAAAUCCUCAAACGUACUAUUAGGAUCCGAUUUCGAGUCAUGUCUUACUGAUUACGGUCUUAACUUAUUCCGAGAUCCCGACUCGCUCGAAGAACCUAGUGCAACCUCACUCUUUUACCGAGCUCCUGAAUGCCGCGACAUCCGUAAGCCAACCACCCAACAAGCAGAUGUCUAUAGUUUUGGUGUUCUUUUAUUGGAACUUCUUACAGGGAAAACACCAUUCCAAGAUCUUGUUCAAGAACAUGGUUCCGACAUUCCCAAGUGGGUUAAUUCAGUUAGAGAAGAGGAGACAGAGUCCGGGGAUGAACCCGUGUCCGGGAACGAGGCAUCCGAAGAGAAACUUCAAGCUCUUUUGAACAUAGCAAUGGCUUGUGUUUCGCUUAUGCCACAAAACCGACCGACAAUGAGAGAAGUUUUAAAGAUGAUAAGAGAUACAAGAGCUGAGGCUCAAAUCUCAUCCAAUAGUAGUGAUCAUUCACCAGGGAGAUGGUCUGAUAUUGUGCAGAGUUUGCCAAGGGAAGAACAUUUAAGCAUUUGAUUGGCUUUCAAAAUUUCUUAGAAGUUUGCAUUUUGAUUGGCAUUGUUGUUGUUGCUGUGUUAUUGGUUUUGCAUUUAUAAGGUAUUUUUCAUUAUUCUUCAACUAGGGGAUGGUAGAGAGUGUAAAGUUGUUAUAUUUUUAUUGGUAGAGGUUUCUUUUCUUUCGGCUAGUUUCAAGUAAUUUAUCAUUAGAACUGAAAGUUUAGUGCUUUUAGGUGAUUCGAUGUCAUUAAUUCAAUCCCAAUUAUGUGCUUUAUAUUGUUCAAUUGUUUGUACAUUUCACACAUAAAA